AUGUGGACUUACACGCAGCUGAAUGUGACACAUUGUAUCAGCGCGCGGCGCGUUUGAUCCGCGAGUUCCGCUGCCGCUCCUCACGAGAUCGGAGUUUAGAAUGUAAAAUCCGAGCGACAUCGGCUUAGGAAACGUGUUGGCGUUGAUUAAAGAAGACGCGUAAAAGUUAUGCGUAAUACCGAAUGCGCCGCUGUCCUGCUCGAGCGCUUUACUCGAGUUGGUUUUAAAACAAAAGUGUCCUGUCACGAGCUCGUUCGUGCUUCAGAGAAACUUUAAUAUCAGUGCGACGCACGCGCCUGCCUGUCUGGAUCAUAUAAUUAUAACGCGUUAAAACGCAUAAAGUCAGAGAAGUUUGAGGUUCCUCAGAGGAACAUAUGGCAUAAAGACACAGCUGGAGAUUUGAGGCUGAUGUCAGAGCAGCUGACUCUACCAGAUCUCACACACACACACACACACACGCUCUUUCUUUCCGCUCACAUGGACGGUAGAUCGGCAGCGUUCAGUCUCGGAACGGUUCUUUUCUCUUAGUUGAUGGCGUUCGUCAUGUUUUAGCUGUGUUUUCCUGCUGUUUGGAGAUGCGAGGUGUUGUCUGCGCAUGACUGGACUCAUUCGCUGCUGCUGUUUGAUGGGAAGCUCAAGCUGAACUUGUCUGAGCGCUGAUACAGAAGAGGGUUCCCCGGGCAUAAGAAUGGAGUUCCCAGACCACAGCCGCCAGUUACUGCAGUGCCUGAGUCAGCAGAGACGGCAAGGUUUCCUCUGCGACUGCACCGUGCUGGUCGGGGAGACGCGAUUCAAAGCGCACCGAGCCGUGCUGGCCUCCUGCAGCAUGUACUUCCACCUCUUCUACAGGGACCAGCUGGACAAAAGGGACGUUGUGCAUUUGAACAGCGACAUUGUGACGGCGCCGGCUUUCGGCUCGCUGCUUGAAUUUAUGUAUGAGGGGAAACUGGAGUUCAGCAGUCUGCCCGUGGAGGACGUCCUGGCCGCCGCCAGCUACCUGCACAUGUACGACAUCGUCAAAGUGUGCAAGGGAAAGUUGAAGGAUAAGGAGGCGUGCGACGGGGCCGCGCUUCAGGAGGACGCGCGCGCAGAUUGCGACGGGCAGAAGGCGAACGGUCACCCGGACCUUGUAGGUGUCAAUUAUGUGUCAGCAGAGGCCGAGGCCUGUGUCCGAACAGCUGGAAAAACAAAAGCCGAUGUCAGUAGUUCAGCCGUCCCCGUGUCCCAGAGGUCCCGGGCGUCGGAUGACACGGACUGCGCGCUGGAUUUGUCUUUCAAGCCUCUGUCGAGCCGAGACGCCUUCCACCCCUCCUACGUCUCGGGACAGCUGGCCCUCGACAGCCAGCAGCAGGGCACCGAGCCACUUGUUAAAGACGAACAUGACUUGCUGUCAGAGCAGGAGGACGGUGAUCCGGUGAGCCCGGAGAGCCGGCGCUUUGGGAAUAGCGCCAGGAGCUCUGUGGUGACAGGGUUCGCUGAACUUUUCCCCGGAAACAAGGCCGCCGCCGCCCUGCUCCCUCCGGAGGACGAUCUGAUGGAAGUGGAGGAGGAGUUGCGCGUGCGUUCGGAGCGCCAGCUCGGAGACAGCGAGGGCGAGGACGAGGACGACCUGGCGUCCUCGGACAUCUCCACCUCCAGCGGGGUUCUCCUCCCGCCGGGCGGGCGACAAGUCUGCGUGUGUCCGCUCUGCAGCAAGGUUUUCCCGAGCCCGCACGUGCUGCAGCUGCACCUCAGCUCGCAUUUCCGGGAGAAGGACGGCGUGCGCGCCAAGCUCUCGCCCGACGGAUCCGUCCCCACCUGCUCGCAGUGCGGCAAGACCUUCUCCUGCAUGUACACGCUCAAGCGGCACGAGCGCACGCACUCCGGCGAGAAGCCGUACACCUGCGGCCAGUGCGGGAAGAGCUUCCAGUACUCGCACAACUUGAGCCGGCACGCCGUGGUGCACACGCGGGAGAAACCGCACGCCUGCAAGUGGUGCGAGCGACGCUUCACGCAGUCGGGAGAUCUGUACCGCCACAUACGCAAGUUUCACUGCGGCCUCGUCAAAACGCUGGCUAUUGGAUAACCGAAGCUCGCGAUGGGGCUUUUGUGAACGGGUUUAAAACGGGCUGUUAUCAGUAAUAAUAAUCAUAAUAUCCAGUAUUUUUGCAAUUGGCAGAAAAAUUUGUUUAUUGACACAAUUGUGUCUCCAGCAAUCAACAAUUUGGUGCACUUGGGACUUUGACAUCUCAUAUAUAGAUAUACAUACACACACACACACACAUACAUGCAUAUUAUAUAUAUAUAUAUGUGUGUGUGUGUGUGUGUGUAUAUACACAUGCAAUGCACUGAUAAAACAGUUCUGCAGCUCCGUCCAGAAGAUUUGGUUUCAUAUCUGAUGUAAUUUAUUACAAAUUACUUGAUCAUGAUUAAGUUUUGAAGAUGUACUGUAUGGUUGAUGAUUUCAUUGAUUUGUGCAUACACUCUCACACACACACACCUGAAGUACAGACAGGCAGAUUUUAUUUAUAUAAGCUGUUACAGUUUGUUAUGCAGAAGUUUUUGUGCGCUUUUUGUCUCCUGAAGGGCUUCGUCACCGGAGGUUCUGCACUUGCCAACAUUUAAAGUGACGUUUAUUUGCCUUUUAAAGCUACUGUCGGUCAUUUUUCUUUGAUUGCUAGAGACGUUUAGUUGUGUCCUCAUGAAGAAGACAGAAUCAACCCUCAUCGAUCACAGCGUCUUGAUGGCGGUCGGAGUUUAGAAGGAGAUUAUACUAAUACCUGAAAAACAUCUUUAUUUCACUAACAUCUACUUUGUUUUGAUUUGUUAUACAUCUCUGCAAACGGACGUAUGGUUGAACCACUGCUGACCGAACGGACGUGAGGUCGUGUUUUCCUGAACGCUUCACUCGGACAGAUUGUUUAUGUAGUAACAAUAACUAGCACUAAAAAAGAAAUCCACGUUAUGCUGUACGUUUCAUCGGUCCUGAUAAACUUGAUUAGUUAUUUAUUAGUUUGUUUUUUUGGUUCAGGGUUUACUCUAGACUUGACAUUUAAAGCAUAGAAGAUGAUUGUGCUGAUAUUUGCUCUCUAAUAUUGGGAUAAUCGAUCAGUUGCUGUAUGUGAGUACCUGAUUUCAUCAUGCUUAUCGAAUGAAGUUUGACUAUCAAGCACUUCUGUGAUAGAUACAACACUCAUAUACUGUAGGCUGCUAUUUCUAACUGUGUAUUUAUUGUAAAUAUGUAUUUUAUUUAUCAGAUCCUUGUCUCAUUUCGUCUAGAAUAUAGUAUGACUGAACUCUCUGCAGUUGCAGCUGUAGCCUGACAUUAAAAUCGCUGUCCUCGUUUCCUCGUUUCUGAGGGAAAGAACUGUUUGGUUCACAAGCACAAACAUCUGAAUGACCUGAAGACUAAUAAUCUACCUGAAAAUGACAUUUCAUACAUAUUAAAGCAACCGUGCAUCUCAUUGUGUCGAGGGACGUGCUUCGUUUGUUCACUCUCGAUCCUUUAUUGUGAUCGGUGUUCUUGCACGUUUGUUGGACAAAUCUACUUUUGUUUGUUUGUAUUUUCAGUUUUGUGCAAAAUUAUUGAUACACUGGAGUUUGUGAGCAAGUAAAUCCUUAACAGAAGAUUUCACAUGCUGGUGAUUUAGCUGAUUUCAGUGAAUGUUUUUAUACUCUUUUCUCUUUAUUUUGAUGUAUUCACAAGAUACACGAAUGCAAUAAUAACUUAUAAUCAUGGACCGUGAGAAGCGAGAAUGAUUCGGUCUGUUUGUAAACACAUAUCACGCUACUUUACUGUCAGAUUUUCAGUGACAGUAAUAAUGAUUUAAAGAUGACAGGUGUGCGUCUGUAUAUGUACAUUAAUACUGGAUUAUUGUCUUCUAAGGUUCAGACUGUGAAAUUGUAUAAUCAUAAGUAAUAUUUAUUGGUUUGUUUCUUGUGCAGAAUUUUACUGUAUCUCAGAAUUUUGACUUGUAAAAUGAAAGAUGAUACUAAGUUGAGACUUUUUAAUAGACUUUGUAGAAGUGCCAUUAGAUGUAAUAUAAUUUUUUGAUAAACAAAAAACAUAUUUUAUAGGAAACAAAAGCUUCGUUGUGAGUCUUUUAGUGAAUGUAGAUGACAAUCUGGUUGAUUUUGAAUUUGCUUGGAAUUCUUUGGUAAUUUAUUUUGAUUUUCUGUUUGUGUGCGCUUGCUUUUUUUCUUUCUUUCUUUCUUUCCUUGUUUCUUCUUCGGACACAUUUGACUUUUGUGCCCGUUUGUUUGUGCUGUGAAGAUGUGACAAUCUUUAUCUUUAUUUAGCUUAAGCGUAGAUUAAACAACAUUUUCUGUGGAA